UUUACAUGAUAUAAGACGUGGACCGUCAAAUAAUGGUUGACGUCAGGGAUGAAUUAGGUGAAAAAUGGAGGGAAGAAAUUCUAAAAGACGUCUCCGUACUUCCGGAAAUAGGCUGCGUUCCGAGUACGUUGGUCGUAUUAGGUGACGAAUCUCGGCCCAUCCUGAGUAAUCCUCAGCAAAAGCAUGUAUGGAUAGCCGUGGGGGAAUUAGGACGUGGUCGGAUAGCCGUAGUUGGUCAUGGUGGAUAUAUAACCAAGAUUAACACAACUUCCGGUCAUACCAAUCCGGAAAUCAAACACUUUAAUGAUAAUUUAAAAUCGUGGCUGGUACGAAGUGAAAAUGUCGACAUGAAGGAGAUGAAAAAUUUUAAGAAUUUGACCCCAGAGUCGUUGAAAAAUGCCAAAAUUGUGAUCUGCACAGGUGAGAGUAACGCAAACGUCACCGACAAAGAAAUAUUGGAGUAUAUUCAAAAUGGCGGAGCUCUGCUUCAUGCAGUAUGUGCAUGGGGUUGGCUUCAAAUACGAAAUACCAAAAAUAUCCAUGAUAUUCCAUUGUACGAAGUCUUAGAAGAGGUUGGCAUCAUCUACACGAAAGGUUAUUUCUGGCUUCCAAAGUCCGGACUGCACAUAGCAAUUUCUAAAGCAUCAGAAUCACAGCACGUUAUCCAUGCGUUGGAUCAUACGCACUUGGAUAACUGUUGCUCAACUCUCUCCCAAAUCAACGAUUGUCCAGUGAAGGUUCUCCAAUCCGUCAUGAAGAAAUCGGGAGAGAAGGUCCAUAAGAUCAUUUCGGAGAAGGAGCACGAAUGCAUCCCUUCAGAGAAAAGACCCGUAUCCUCAAGUAUUGGAAAAUCAGUCAUGUUCCUUCAUGACGUCUUAGCUAAAACCGGAAAUGGUUACAAAAAGAUGCCGGGCAUUGAUUUAUUUCCGGGUGAUUUUACUGAAGACCCCCCAUUGUCGGAUGGACGGAUUAUUAUUGAGUCGGAGAUACCUGCAGCUCACCCGACCGGUUUCUACGUCCGAGCAGGAGAGGAGGUCGAGCUCGAGAUAGUGACUGAAGAAUCGUUGAAUUGUGGAUGGGAAAUUCAAAUCGGAUGCCAUUCCGAUCAUCUGCAAACUAGCAACGCCAUGAAAAGAUGGCCGAUUAUUACUGAAAAGCAGAAAAUUACCCAGAAAAAUUUGAAGAUGAAGACUCCCAUUGGUGGUCUGAUGUACGUCUGGAGUCCCAAGAUGGCGUCCAAGAUCAUCAUCAAUGUUAAGAACGCAAUAGAAUCUCCAUUGUUUGACCUCACUCAGCCCGAAACCAUCAUCAACUGGAAGACCAAUCGUCAGGCCCCCGGUCUGUGGGCCGAUCUCGGCGGACAUCAUAUUGUUUUCACGUUACCGGCCAAAAGCGUCGGAGAUCUUGAGGAUCCGACUGCGGUUCUAGAGUCGUGGGACAGAGUCGUUUGCGCUCAUCACCAUCUUAGAGGAACAGACCCCAAUUCACAACGGCGGGAAUGGAUCGUAGCCGACGUGCAACCAUCUUGCGGAUACAUGCAUUCAGGAUAUCCGAUCGUGACGCAUCUGGACGUAGCAGAUCCAAGCAAAAGUAGCUUUCUGUUGAAUAAUAAAACUCUGCUGGAAUCAGGAAAUUGGGGUCUCUUUCACGAAUUGGGUCAUAAUAUGCAGAAACCAACAUGGACGUUUCGCGGGACAGGGGAGGUAACUUGCAACAUCUUCACCCUCCACGCAAUGGAUGUCAUUGCCCAAAAAUCACCGUGGAUUCAUUCUUGGUUGGAAGGCAAAGUUCCUAAAGCUCGUCAAUUUAUCCGAAGUUCUGCUGGAUUUAGUAAAUGGCAGAGCGAUCCGGGGAUUGCGUUAUUCGUAUACGCACAGCUGUACAAUCAAUUCGGAUGGUCGGUUUACAAAAAAACGUUCCGACAAUACGAAGAACAAGACAUGCCGCCGCAACUCAAAACGGAAGAAGAAAAAAUCGAUUAUUGGUUCGAGACGAUGUCGAAGUUCUCGGAGUACAACCUCGCCCCUUUAGCCGACUUGUGGAGUAUACCACUAUCUGAUACGUGUCGGGAACAGUUAAAAGUAUUCCCGAGUUUUCUUCCGGAUGACGAAAUAACUCAGGGUGUACCUGAAAAAGUCGAAGAACUCGAGAAAAAAUAUCCGAAACUCGUUAGAAAAAUUCGGCCACCUUGUGAUCAAUUUGAAGAACAAAUUCUGUGUCGUCGUAAAUGGAGUGUUUUGGUGAACAAAUCGAAAUAAGGUGAAAUGAGAAAACAAUGGUUCUUUGUACUGAUUAAAAUACAGAAGAGCUAUUUUGUUUCAUUUAUUUUCUAUGUGCUACUUCAAUCAAUUUGAUUAAAAUACAGCUCUAGAUAUUUGGAUUCAUUUAUUAUCAUGUCACUAAAAUGUUACAUAAGAUAUUUUCUUUCGUUCAUUUCCUGUGGUUUACUUCGGUCGUCCAAGAUCUGAAAACAUCGUCAAUAUAGUAGUGUUCAACCAUUAGCAAUUAUUAUACCACCUUUCAUUAUGAAAUACUUACUCACUUAUCAUUGAUAAACUUCCUCGUGUGAAUAGUUGCGACUAAAGUUUUGCCAAAAUGUUGUUUGGAUUUUGAGUUUCGUUUUGCUGUCCGGACCGUGGGUACUUGAUUUAUUUAUACUAAUAGAUUUGUGUAUGCAUUAA